AGCACUCGCGAGAGAGAUGGGACAUCGGGCCGGCCUAGGCGAGCCGGGUCAAAGACCGCUCAUCUCUGGUCUUUUCGACGCAAAAAUGGCGAAUGUGGUGCUCGAGUUUAAGGCAUCUGCCGGAGACUCGGAGCCUCAGAACCGCCCGGUACUUGUCGUUGGACAGCUAAGCAACCUUCAGCAACUCUCUUGGGCGCAAGUGAAGGGGAAACUGCAGCCAAUCGUCAGCAAAGAGACCUGGCAGUCUGCUCUGAGCGCCCUGAACCCAAAUCCGACCGACAGCUGCCCUCUCUAUCUGAGCCAUGCCACCGUUGCGGCCCUGCCUUCCCGCGUCAGUCGCCACAACAGCCCCUCCUCCGCCCACUUCCUUACCCGCCUGCUCCGCACCUCCCUGCCUGGGGGAGCCAGCCGCUGCAUCGUGAUGGUGUGUGAGCGGUCAGAGGUGUUUGCCUCCGGCUGUGCCAUCGCACGGGCAUUCCCGCUCUUUUCCCGGCGUUCCGCAUCUUCUCGUCGAGCGGAUAAGAAGACGGUUGUGGUGGAGUUCAUCAUUGUGGGCCAGGAUAACGGACCCCUGGAUCUGACCACACUGGAGUGCCUCUCCAACGCAGCAGAUGGUGUUAGAUUGGCGGCGCGGAUCGUGGACACGCCCUGCAAUGAGAUGAAUACCGACCACUUCCUGGAGGAGAUCAAGGCUGUGGGGAAUGAGCUGGGCAUCACUCCCACUAUCAUUCGAGGAGAGGAGCUGAAACAGAAGGGCUUUGGAGGGAUCUACGGAGUGGGGAAGGCCGCAGAACAUCCCCCUGCUCUUGCGGUACUCAGCCACACACCAGAGGGCGCCACUCAGACCAUCGCCUGGGUGGGCAAGGGCAUUGUAUACGACACUGGCGGCCUCAGCAUCAAGGGAAAGACCACCAUGCCUGGGAUGAAGAGGGACUGCGGAGGGGCAGCUGCCAUUUUGGGAGCCUUCAAAGCCACUGUCAAACAGGGCUUUAAGGACACCUUGCAUGCCAUCUUCUGCCUGGCGGAGAAUGCGGUUGGACCCAAAGCGACCCGCCCUGACGACAUCCACACCCUCUACUCUGGAAAAACGGUGGAGAUCAAUAACACGGAUGCUGAGGGGCGGCUGGUGCUCUCGGACGGGGUGGUGUACGCCAGCAAGGACCUGUCUGCGGACAUCAUCCUGGACAUGGCCACCCUGACCGGGGCUCAGGGCAUUUCCACGGGGAAGUACCAUGCGGCUGUGAUGACAAACAGUGAGCAGUGGGAGGCAGCCUGCGUGCGGGCAGGGCGGAGCAGUGGAGACCUGGCCCACCCCCUGGUGUACUGCCCAGAACUGCACUUCAGCGAGUUCACCUCCGCUGUGGCCGACAUGAAGAACUCUGUGGCCGACCGUGAGAACGCUCAGAGCUCCUGUGCCGGCCUGUUCAUCGGCUCUCACCUCGGGUUCGACUGGUCUGGGGUGUGGGUGCACGUGGACAUCGCCUCUCCCGUACACGCUGGGGAGAGGGCCACUGGUUUUGGGGUGGCUCUGCUGAUGGCCCUGUUCGGCCAGGCCUCCGAGGACCCGCUGUUGAACCUGGUGUCCCCCCUGGGGGCGGCUGACCCCCCGAGUGGGGAUCAGAUGGAGCGCGACUGCAAGAGAAGACGGCUGGUCUAACGCCGCUCCCUUUAGGGAACGCACUGUGACAGUGCUCAGUUUACCACUCCAUGUGAUUCAGUGUUUCUCUGCAGCCUUUUACUGUCGCUGCGAUUCUUCAUUCACCAUCUCCGCUAGGCUGAAAAUAUCAUGUGGUCAGGAUUGGUUGAGGUACGCAGAUCAGCAUGCAGCCCAAGACGCAUUGGUCAAAGAGAGGUUAUUCUCGUCUUUUGUUCACUCUAAUUCUUUCAAAAUGUAUGUUUAAUCAAUACAAAAAUCUGGGAAAUGUGGUGAGAAAAUAAGACAUGAAAUUGAAAGGGUUUAGGAAAUGUGAUCCUGUCUUUCCAAUGAGGAUGGGGUGUGUAUCUCUGGCAUGAACAAGCAAUUGAAAAGAUGACUUUUGUUGAGACAAACUUGUGAAUGUUGGUUUUUGUUAAAUACAUGCCAGAUGGAGGGAAAUAUGUACUUGUAACGAAAGAUAAAGCUGGACCUUGAUAUUAAAUAUAAGCAAAC